AUGCGCCAUGCCUUAGGGCUGGUCUUGACCUGUAGAAAAGUAGGUUCGUUUGCAGCCGCUGCCACUGCAGAAUUCCUGCUUGGCCGUCGGCGAUUCACGAGAAUGCGAGCUGCUCCGGAAAGUGGUGCGGCUCAGCUGCCUCGCCUCUACCACGACGUCAAUGUCAAUCGACCACGCGAGUAUUGGGACUAUGAGAACCUUUCCGUGAACUGGGGGUGUCAGGACGACUAUGAAGUCCUCCGCAAAGUGGGCAGGGGCAAGUACAGCGAGGUGUUUGAGGGCAUUCACAUGGCGACGCAAGAAAAAUGCGUCAUCAAGAUUCUGAAGCCAGUCAAGAAGAAGAAGAUCAAACGUGAGAUAAGGAUCUUGCAAAACCUCUACGGUGGUCCGAACAUCGUGCGGCUGCUAGAUGUUGUCAGAGACCCUCAGUCCAAAACUCCCAGCCUAGUCUUUGAGUACAUCAACAACACAGAUUUCAAGCAACUUUACCCCACCCUCACCGACCACGAUAUCCGAUACUACAUCUUCGAGAUUCUGCGGGCUCUCGACUACUGCCACUCUCAGGGAAUUAUGCACAGGGACGUCAAGCCGCACAAUGUCAUGAUUGACCACGAGAACAGGAAACUCAGGCUCAUCGACUGGGGACUCGCGGAGUUCUAUCAUCCUAACCGUGAGUACAAUGUCCGGGUUGCUUCCCGAUACUACAAGGGUCCGGAACUGCUGGUGGACUUGCAGCUCUAUGACUACUCUCUGGACAUCUGGAGUCUGGGCUGUAUGCUUGCUGGCAUGGUGUUCCGAAAGGAGCCCUUCUUCCAUGGCCAGGACAACUACGACCAGCUGGUAAAAAUUGCCCGCGUUCUUGGCACGGAUGGCUUGUUCGCCUACCUGGACAAGUACAACCAAGAGUUGGAUCCACAUUUCGACCACAUACUGGGCAGGCAUUCAAGGAAAGCUUGGUCAAAGUUCGUGACAUCUGAGAAUCAGCAUCUCGUGAGUCUGGACGUGCUGGACCUCAUAGACAGAAUGUUGGUGUACGACCAUGCACAACGGAUCUUGCCCAAAGAAGCGAUGCAACAUCCCUAUUUCGCACAGAUCCGGGAGUCCAGCCCGAAGGCCGCAGCAGCUGCAUCUGAGAUGCCAAAGGUGUAG